UCUUACUAUUAUGUUGGAUCCACUAUGGACUGGACUCUCACAAUAUUAUGUCAGACCCACUCGACAUCCAUUGCAUUCGGUCUCCCCUAGAGGGGGGGUUACCCACAUAUGCGGUCCUCUCCAAGGUUUCUCAUAGUCAUUCACAUCGACGUCCCACUGGGGUGAGUUUUUCCUUGCCCUUAUGUGGGCUUUGUACCGAGGAUGUCGUUGUGGCUUGUGCAGCCCUUUGAGACACUUGUGAUUUAGGGCUAUAUAAAUAAACAUUGAUUGAUUGAUUGAUUGAUUGAAACUAGACAAUAAGUGACAAAAGGUGGAAUUAUUCCAUAUAGGAGAGAAGGUUGGUUGUUUAGUGCUGCGUGUUAAAGACACGGAGUGAUGAUGUCAUUGAGCUGGGGAGUGGGUGUAGUCAGACCGCAGUGACACAAUAAAGAGCAGCAGCACUGAGAGCAGGAGGAGAGAAGGUUUCUUUUCAAUGUAAAUGCAAUGACCAUCAAAUGGCAGAUCAUGUCAUUUCUGGUCUUCGGGGUGCGUUUUGAAGCCGCGCAUUUGGUGGGAGAAUCAUAACCACCAACAGCAUCUUAGGUCAAUUAUUUUUCUCAAGAGAUGAUGCAAAAUAGCACAAUAUCGCAUUUCAUCCUGGGGUCUUAUGUAGACUUGGGGUAUGGGAAAUACUUCUUUUUUUCCAUGGUGCUGCUGCUGUACGUGUUGAUCGUGGCGAGCAACUCCUCCCUGGUGGUGCUGAUCUGUGUGAGGCGGCGCUUACGGCAGCCCAUGUUCUUCUUUUUGGCCAGCCUCUUUGUCAACGAGCUCUACGGCUCCACGGGAUUCUUCCCCUUCCUCAUGCUGCAGAUCCUCAAUGACGUGCACACCAUCUCCGUGCCCGCCUGCUACCUGCAGAUAUUCACCGUCUACACCUACGCCCGCGUGGAGUUCUGCACUCUGGCCGCCAUGUCGUACGACCGCUACCUGGCCAUCUGCUGCCCCCUGCAGUACAGCGCUCGGGUGACACCCCACCGGGUGCUCCUGUGUAUUUGUCUCAUGUGGCUCUACACCUUUGUCAGGGUUUUCACCUCCCUGUGCUUGAACCUGAGCCAGCUGCUCUGCGGCGACGUCAUCGACAGCCUGUACUGCAUGAACUACCUGGUCACUAAGCUGCUCUGCGGCGACCAGCAAGUCGUGAAUAUUUACGGGCUGGUCGCCACCACCAUGUCCAUCAUGCUGCCUCUGCUGCUCAUCCUCUACUCCUACCGGAAAAUCCUGCGCGUCGUCUUUUCCGGCGCCAACCAGGCCAGGCCCAAGGCGUUGGGCACGUGCGCGCCUCAUAUCGUGUCCCUGCUCAACUUCUCUUUCGGGUGCAUCUUCCAGGUGCUGCACACGCGCCUCGACAUGAGCGCCAUUCCCGACGGCUUCCGAAACUUCCUGUCGCUUUAUUUCCUCGUCGUUCAACCUCUCAUCAACCCUCUCAUGUACGGAAUGCAAACGUCGCAAAUACGAGAGACGUGCAAGCACGUGUUCUCGUCCAAGGCGCCUCGCGUCCGACAGGCCUGAAGGAGGCCUUUUUCUUGGUCAAUGUAAUUCAUCUGUCAUGUCUGGGAUCAUGUUUUGUUUAAGUUAUGGUUUUUGGACUCUUUUUAGUUCCUGCUUUUGUCUU